AUGGCGAGAGGAGACGCGGGCUAUCGCUUCUUCAAGCGGAUCGUCCACAAUGAGGCCAUGGCGCAGGACCCCCCCGAGAUCUAUGGCUGGAGGGCACUUUUCCUUGCAAUGAGUUCCGGCUUUGGUGCUAUGCUGUUCGGGAUGGACAGCUCCAUCAUCUCUGGAGUUGUCGUCUUACCCGCCUUCCUCGCUCGUUUCGGCUUAGACGGUGCUGGGAGCAAGGCCGCGCUCGCCAACCUACAAGCCAACAUUGUCUCAACGCUCCAAGCAGGUUGUUUCGCCGGCGCCAUCAUUGCCGGUUUUAUGGCCGACCGGAUCGGGCGCAGAAGAUCAUUACUUGUUGCAGGCACCGUUGUUCUGGUCGGUGUACUCCUCCAGUUCAAUGCGUGGGGACACUUGGCAGCGCUGUACGUCGGCAGGUUCAUCGCAGGCCUCGGGGUUGGAGUCUGCUCUGUUGUUACACCAUUAUACACUUCCGAGAACGUCCCCAGAGCCAUUCGCGGUCUUCUCACUGGUACCUAUCAGUUCUUCAUCGUCCUUGGGGGCAUGUUGGCGUAUUGGAUCAAUUACGGUUCAAGCUUGCAUCUGCCUGGGGAUAGCUCCUGGGUCGUACCACUGGCUGUGCAGGGUAUUCCUGCUGUUCUCCUGCUGGUGUGUAUGUUCUUGUGCAACGAGUCCCCCCGAUGGUUGGCGAAGCAGGACCGAUGGGAAGAAGCAAAGGCCAUCCUGGCCAAAGUCCGCAUGCUGCCCGCUACUCACGACUACGUCGAGGCCGAAUUCGGCGAGAUGGUGACUCAGCUUGAGAACGAACGCGCCCUGAUGCGCGGGGCCGGCUUCAAAGACCUCAUGAGGGAGAUGUGGUUGAUACCUGGAAACCGUCGACGGGCCAUCUUGGUCGUCGUGUUGAUGAUCUGUCAACAGAUGACUGGAACGAACGCCAUCAACAAUUACGCACCGCUCAUAUUCCAGAACAUCGGCGUCCAGGGCCACAAUACCGGGCUGUUCGCUACGGGCAUCUACGGCAUCGUCAAGUGCAUCAGUUGUGCAAUCUUCCUUCUAUUCUUGGCAGACACCCUGGGACGACGCAAAUCGCUCCUCUGGACCGCCAUUGGUCAAGGCUGUUGCAUGCUCUUCAUCGGGCUAUAUAUCAGAAUCUCUCCGCCCAUCAAAGGCGAGCCCGUUCCCGCCGUGGGUUACGUUGCCCUGGUUUGCAUCUUCUUGUUUGCAGCGUUUUUCCAGUUCGGAUGGGGACCAGUCUGCUGGAUCUAUGCCUCCGAGAUUCCCACUGCUCGACUCCGAGCUUUGACUGUCGCUCUGGCCGCCGCGACUCAAUGGCUUUUCAACUUUGUUGUCGCACGUUCGGUACCGGUAAUGCUGGUCACCGUUGGUGCAAAUGGUUACGGCACUUACCUCAUCUUUUGCUCGUUCGCUUUCACCAUGUUUGUCUUUACCUGGUUCUUCAUCCCUGAGACCAAGGGACUGUCACUCGAGUCAAUGGAUGCGUUGUUCGGUGUCGCGCCUCAUGACGAGGUCGCUUUGGAACGGGGUCAACUCGGUUCGGUGAAGCCAAUACGGGAAAGUUUGGAAAAGGACGUUCAAGUCGAGCAAGUCGAAAAGUGA